GAAAAAAAAGAGAAGAAUAAUAGGCAAAAUGGCGGAAUCAACGGAUCCCAAAACACCAACUUGUACCUUUCUGUUCAAAAAAUCGACAAAAAAAUUCUCCGGACGCAAAAGAAAAGCAAGUGACAGCGAUAAAGAGAGUAACAGUGACGAAGACCAGUGUGCUGUGAUCAGAAGAGAAAGGAAGGAUGCGAAGGUCAACCCCAUGAUUCAGAAGACCAAAAGGGUGGAGAGAGAUGCUGUAUCUUCUAGUGAAAGUGAAGAUGACAAAGAUGACAAGAUCACAGUUUCCUACAAGUCUACAAGAUCAGCGAAACCAGAGGGACCUGAAGACAUGGGUGCAACCGCUACGUAUCAGCUGGACACAGAGAAAGACAAAGAUGCCCAGGCAAUAUUUGAGAAGAGCCAGAAAAUCCAAGAGGAACUAUUGGGUAAAGAGGAUGAUAAAAUAUACCGUGGCAUCAAUAACUACCAGAAAUUCAUCAAGCCUAAAGACACCACAAUGGGCAACGCUUCUUCUGGUAUGGUCAGAAAAGGGCCGAUCCGUGCCCCCGAACACCUGAGAGCAACAGUCCGGUGGGACUACCAACCAGAUAUCUGCAAAGACUACAAGGAGACUGGUUUCUGUGGUUUUGGAGAUAGCUGCAAGUUCCUCCAUGACAGAUCAGACUACAAACAUGGCUGGCAGAUUGAGAGGGAACUGGAAGAGGGCACAUUUGGAGCAAAUGAUGAUGAGAAUUAUGAGGUGAGCAGCGAUGAGGAGGAUUUACCCUUUAGGUGCUUCAUCUGCCGAGAUUCCUUCAAGAAUCCCAUUGUCACAAAGUGCAAACAUUACUUCUGUGAAACCUGCGCUCUUCAGCACUAUCGCAAGUCGAAACGGUGCUACGUGUGCAACACUCAAACCAAUGGAGUCUUUAACCCUGCAAAAGAGCUGAUUGCAAAGAUGGAAAAGCAAAAUGCUGCAGCCGACCUGCCUCCAUCCGACGAGGAAGAUUAGCGUCAUGGAACCCAUUUAUCCCUUUCUUUAUGUCCGUCUGUAUAUUUUCAAUAAAUAUUUUUUAAAAGCUUUC